AUGUAUCAAAGAAAUCAAUAUCCUGAUUUUGCAAAUUAUCCCUAUGUACCACCAGUAGAUCCAUCAAAACCAGUAAAUCCAUUAACUUCAAUAAAUUCAAUGUCUUCACGAUCAAAUUUCCAGUAUGAUUUCACUCCGCAACGUACUGUCCCAAGUUUUUAUUCUACCACAACACUUAUUCCAACAUAUACUUCGGAAUGUUUUCAACGUUUAUAUCAAGCACCAACAUCACUUAAUAAUUUAGCUGAUCCAGGAUGGGCAUAUGAUGAUAUAUCUCCACCUGUAAAUUAUCAAGCUAAUCUUAAUGCUAUGGAAGAUGGAUCUUUACCAACAAAUCCUAUUUUACGUUCAUCAGUGAGUGAUACACGUCUUGCAACAGCUAGUACAAUGCGUGAACAAUUAUUAACAGAUAUUCUUCGUGAUAUGGGUGAUAUUAAUGAAGAAAUAUCUUCAAUGGAAGGACAUUUCUCAAAAUCACGUCAAGAGCCAUUGGGUUAUGCACCUGUUAUAAAUGAUGAUCUACCUGAACCUAAUCUUAACUUUGAACAAAGUAGAUACUUAUCAAGACCCAGUCAGAACUAUAAUGAUCUACAAAUCAAUUCAAAUUGGAAUUAA